ACACACAUCCACACCCACACCCACACACACAAACGAAAAUAAACAAAAAGAAAAAAUUGAAUAAAUGAAAAACAAAAGAGGAACAUGCAGCAUAACAUUCAACCCAAUAAAUUUCUCAAUAACCAAUUUAGACGGCCAUUAAUAUCGACAACGCCAGCCUCGUCAUAUUCAUCAGAUUCGUAUGUGUAUGCAUCGACCACACCAAAAUCGCAUCCAAUAACAACGGUAUCACAUGUGACAACGCCAGUGCCCAGUUUGCAUGCCGCAAAAUCGAUAUCGGAUCGUAAAUUAAACGUGGCCAUACCAUUGGCCACGUUACGUGUCACAAUGGAAACGAGUAGCCAUGCAUCGAACAGUAAUAUCAAUGAUCAAGAGCCAGCAUUGAUGGACGACAAUGAACAAAAGGAUGAGGAUAGCACCAAAGUCAUGGCAUCGGAAGAGAGCACCAAAGUCAAUGACGAUGAACCCAAUCAUGUUGAAUCGAUCACAACGAAUGAUGAUAAUGAGGCCGCUGCCGCCCUUGAUAUGGAAGAAAUUUCGGAGAAAAUUGAAGAGACUACGUCGGUUGAACAACGAUUGAAACGAAUUUCCGAAGAACUUGAAAAAUACCGAAAUGUCAAUGGCAACGAUAAUAAUGGCGGCGGUGGUGGUGCAUCUGCUGCUGAUAAUCAUGGACCACAAAGCUUCCUCUAUCUUACCGAUCUAUUGAACACACUGCGUCCGGCCGAAAAAAAGGUCAUACCACAAAUUGAUUCCGAUUAUUCCAAUACGAUGCAUGUACUCGGCGAAACAACGUCCAUUGUGAACGGCGAUGAUACACGUAAAAUUAAAACGAUCGAUCUACGACAAACAAAUCGCGCACUUUACUAAAAAAAAAAAGAAUCAGAAAAAAUGCAGUAAUAAAUCCAUUUCACAUACGAUAAGCUAAUUGAGAUAAUAUGGACAGAACAAAAUAGUUGUGUAAGAAAUUUUAAUUUUCUUUUUUCACUCUCAAUCUCUGCGACUUUUCGAAUGGCAACGAUGCAUUUGCGAUGGCUGGCCACACACACAUCCAACUUAAAAACCGCCACAGUUUUAAAAAUAUUCUUCUAUCGAAUCGAUCCAAAUUGAUUUUUUGUAAUCAUUUGAAUUUUUGAUGUCUCUUUAGAAAUAGCGAUAAAUGUACGUGUCUUUUUCACCUAAUUAAAAUAAUUUUAUUUCCUUUAAAUUGAAGCCGACUUUGAGAAACUAAACAUAAUGACGUCUUAGGUUUUUAAUUACAAUCGAUUCAUUUCACAGUUAGUAAGAGAUAGAUAAGAAAACUCCAGAAAAUUGCAUUUAGGUCCUUCUUUUUGUUCGUGUAUGAAUUCCACAUUUUCAAAAUUCAAUUUCCAUCAGAAUAUUUGCAACAUUGAUGAUUAAGAGAGAAAUUCGACAUUUUGAUUGAAGACACCAAAUUCUAUAAACACCAAUUUGACAGAUGCCUCAAUUGAAUGCGUCAAAUUUGACACGUUUUUUCUUCUUCUUCUUUAAAUUUAAGUAAAACGAAAAACAUUUCGAUCACAAACUGUAUGCAAGUUGACGGACCAUACAGUUGGCACCGCACAACUUCCUCUUUAUUAUGUUAAUAAAUUGAGACGGUGGAGUGAAUCGUAUUGCUUUUAAGGAAA